GGCAAAUAGAAGCUUGCAGUCGUGCAGUGCACAGACACUUCUUUCCAGAAGGCAGAGAGCAAUGCUCAGUCUACUGACAGACGAGCCAGCAGAUCGACAAGAAGUCAGGACAUAUUCUCACAGCAGUAGCAGACGGUAACACCACGAGUGGGUCUUCUGAAGCCUACUUUCACUCUCCUGGGUGUGUGAUUGCUCCUGAAUGCACAUUCAAGCUCCUCUACUGCUGGCAGUGAAGACCUGCAGAUGCACUCAACGACAGGCUUGCUUUUCAACCCUGCAUCUCUCUCAACACUCACACCAAAGCUGUACCCACGGGAAGAGGAUACACAUGUUUUAUUGACAGAGCUACAGGUGGUUUGAGUUUGAGCUGCUGGUGGACUGGCAGAGUUUUUUCUUUUGUGAUGAGCUGUGGCAAAUUUGGAGCCAGUAUGUUGCCUAUUGUUGUGGCAUGUUUGGUAUUCAUCCUGCUGGGCUCAGGGCAUGCUCAGGUUGCCACACAGUCUCAGGGGCAAAGCCAGAGGCAGGGACAGAGGCAGGGGCAGGGGCAAGGGCAGGGGCAAGGGCAAGGACAGGACAGCUCUGCCACUCCUUGGAGGCAGGUGAUUCAGUGGGAGAACAACGGUCGGGUGUUUAGCCUGCUGAACAGUGGAGCUGAAUAUGUCCCUGCUGGGACGGGGGCCCAGGACAGAGGUCCCAGAGUGGUUGUGGCAGAUACUCGUUCACGCUCUUCCCGCAGACCUCAGGGAGGCAAUGUCCGCAGACAGGCUCCAUCAAGAGGAUCCUCUGACACUGUCCGUGGCCAGGCAAGGCAUCCUUUCGGCUUUGGGCAAGUGCCUGAUAACUGGAGACAAACCGCAGGCAGCACAGGCAGCAGCCAGUUCCAGGGAUCCUCUACCGGUCGUUUCCGCCCAUCCACAGGCUCGUCCUCUUCAUCGACGUCAUCAUCCUCAUCCUUUUCUUCAUCGUCAUAUAAUGUACCAGCCUACCCACAGUUCCCAUUUCCCCAACAGCCUCAAUUCCAGCCAGUACCUUACGACCCUACUUUUGUGGAAGCACCAGUCAGGAGCUACGAGCCUCCCUUUCAGCCCGUCCUCGGUGGAGGCUACGGCGGUGGAGGAGGGUAUGGUGUUGGACGGGGGUAUACGGGAGGUGGAUAUGGAGGUGGUGUGGCCCCAGUGCUCCCAGGCUCUCCUUCUGACUUCACUGAUGAAGGCUUCCGCUAUUACCAGUCCUAUGGCUACGGGCCCAAUCCUGCGGUUCCUGUGGUCCCUGCACGUGCUGCCCAGCCGCCGUUUGCAGAUGGUUUGGACCACAGAUACACCCACAGCCUCUACAAUGAAGAGUCUGCUCCUGUGGCCCCCAUCGCCAAUGCCAACCCGGCCCCUCCCAUAAUAGUGGACAGAUCGGGAGCUGCCAGUCAAACACCAGUCAGGAGCCCUCAGUAUGAGCAGUUCCCUCCAUUUGGAAGGCCCCAGCCUCCCUUCUUGCAGCCCAUUCCCCCAGGCAGGAGCUCUCCAAACUCUGCGCUUGAGAAUCCCAGUCUGAAUGCUGGGAGUGUGUACCGACCAGAACAGAGAGGUUUGCCUGACCUCGUUCCUGAUCCCAACUAUGUCCAGGCGUCCACGUAUAUCCAGAGAGCCCACAUGUAUUCUCUGCGCUGUGCUGCCGAGGAAAAGUGUCUGUCAAGCUCUGCCUAUGGCGCCGAGGCCAGUGACUAUGAUGUAAGGGUCUUGCUGCGGUUCCCACAGAGGGUGAAGAACAAGGGCACGGCCGACUUCAUGCCUAACCGGCCACGUCAUACCUGGGAAUGGCACAGCUGUCAUCAGCAUUACCACAGUAUGGAUGAGUUCAGCCACUAUGAUUUACUCGAGGUCAGCAGCGGCCGUAAAGUGGCCGAGGGACACAAGGCUAGCUUCUGUCUGGAGGACACCACCUGCGAUUUUGGUCAUCUGAAGCGUUACGCCUGCACCGCUCACACUCAGGGUCUGAGCCCGGGCUGCUACGAUACAUACAAUGCGGAUAUUGACUGCCAGUGGAUCGAUAUCACCGACAUAAAACCUGGAAACUACAUACUAAAGCUCCAGGUCAAUCCCAAGUUCUUGGUGCUGGAGUCAGAUUUUACCAACAACGUGGUCAGGUGUAACAUUCACUACACAGGACGCUUUGUCACAACAACCAACUGCAAGAUAGCACAGUCUUGAUCAGGCACUGGAAGGCUGCCACACUAGAGUGACCCUGAUCGCUAUUCCAUUGAAAUGUGAAUGGAAUCCAUUUGUUGUUGGUUCAUUGUUGGUGUUGUUUGUCUCUACUUUUUUGUGCUGUUCUGGGAUCUGGGGUCCACAGCAAUCAAGGGUUCCACUGGCACUGAGAAUGUGGGGUUUUUUAAAGUGAACAUGCACGCACACACACACACACACACACACACACACACACACCAUUGCGUAAUGCUUAUUUCACGUCAAUAUUCCAAUAAUGAACCAACAGUUCACACCCCUGCCAUCUACAUUGUAAUAUCGUCCUGCCAACUACGUUUCUCAUAUUGCCUGGUUUGGUUACAUGCUAGGAGGACACAUCAUUGACUUUCAAAAGAGGUGUUUACUGUAUAUCCACACACACACACACACACACACACACAGAGUGGCUUUGUUUAAAUUAUAAAUAGCGUGAAAUGGUGCCUGUGCAGAGAAGAGUGGUACCAGAUGAGUCAGGGUUCAGCUGCAAUCCAACAAAUAAAAUUAGGGGACAAGGUCUUCCCAGGUGCAUUCAUCCAUGCAGUGUGGGGACAGACAGAGAUGCCCAGUGACUCAGAAGAAGUGUAAUGUGUUAGUUUUUUUUUUUUUUACCCUUUCUCUCUCUCUCUUCACUGCCUCGGUGGGUCAGGCUGGGAUACUGUGAUUCUCUGGGCGCAUCCUGUUUAAUGUUGUGUUAACAGCAAGAAGAAGACAGCAGGUCAUAUUUGAAUUUGUCAACAUCAAAUUGUAAUUCAGCAGAAAGACAGACUGUCAGCACUGGACGCUGCACGCCGCUAAAUCCUUGCAUAUUCACAUUGUGUCCCCAUUCUUCCUUUCUUAUUUCAGUAAAACAGGAACAGGAAGCUCAGCUGGCAGAAAAAGGGUGCUUUCCAGAAAACAAGACUCUCAGUAUAUAUAUGUAAGCUGUAUGCUUACACUGUCUUGUGGUCUCUUCUUCAAGUACCAACACUGGUCAGGUGGCACAUAGGUCAUCUACACCUUUUGAAGAAUGUAUAUACCAAUAUUCCACUGAUGCAUGACUUUAAUGAUGGAGAUUAUUUUGUUGUAACUGAUUGUACUUUGUUUAUCCAUUUUGACCUGUUACUGUAAUUGUGAAAUGCAAUGAAUUUAUAUAUAUUUUUUCUUGAUAAUCUGAAUUAUUCAAAUAGUAUGUAUUGUUGGAAAAAAAAAAAAAGAAAGAAAAAACACUACUGCCAAAAUUUAGCGUUAUAAUGCAGAGUGCAAGAAAGCCGUCUCUACCUACCUCUCCAGUUGAGCUGAGCUGUUGUUUCCAAUGGAUAUCCCUGCAGUGGUCUACUGUGGCCUCCUACCACUCGAUAUUUAACGAGGCUUAAAGUUAGAAUCCUUAAGAUUUCCGUCCUGGUUGAUAUGGCGACAUCUGUUGUGAGUUAAUGCUCAACCUGUUCUCAUUCCCAGGACGUCAAAGACAAGCAUCUUUUCAAAGCCACUGGGCGUCUCAGAGACACGUACAAGGUGUGUCCUUUGGCGUUUGUGCCAUCCACAUCAAUAUUCAGCGCUGAUACACGUAUAGGAGAUUUUCCACUUUAAAAGAGACUCUCACUGAGCUUGGAGGGAUGAUAAUGGUGCAGGUUGCAGGACAUUCACGACUGGUGUUUGACCAUUGUGGGUUUUUUUUUUUUAACUAAGUUUCCUUCUGUUGUGUGACUUUAAAAAGUUUUGUUUUUGCUUUCUAUCCACUUUUGUCUUCACCCAGAAUUUGGUUAAAAAAGGUCACGGUUUGGGUUAAAAUACACCCUUUCACUAUAUUAACCAAAUGCAGACGACACCAGCAGAGAAUAUUUGGCCACAGGCUUACGGUGUUUAUUUCUAAUGUUCAUCGUCUAUCAAACUAAGUUGAAAAACUUUGCUAAAGGGUAAACAGUAUGAUGCCAAAGCGGCGGUGUGUGACAAGGUGGGGUUGAGACUCGGCUCUGAUUCUACAGGUCCUGUGGGAAAACGAGCAUUACUUGAACAGUUUGCAGAAAUACGACAGAGGAAACGGUGGAUCCACAAACAAACUCAUAGUAUUUUUUAGCAUAGAAGUCAUUAAUAGUUGGCAUUUUUAAAUCAUGCCAUGAACAACCACGACCUGACUAUAUGCUCCACUAUAUGUAGCAUAGUGUGGAGUGUGGAGUGGUUUUAUACCCAACAGUGUGCCACAUUGUGUUUGACCCAUUACUCCCUGCAAUAUUUAAAAACUGAUCUGCCCUCAAGGAAAUACCAAAAUUCUAUUUUCUUGUUUUGCUGAUGCAUCUUUGAUGAUUGAUUGCGGUUAGAGUUAUUCCAAAUUUCCUUUGACUGCUUUACGAUAAAAGCCUUCCCCCCGUAUUUUGCCAGUGGAGCACUUUCAUUGUGAAGCGGCAGCAGCAGCAGUAAGAAAUGUUCUCUUAACAGGAACUUCAUGCAGCAGUAAUAUAGUGUAAAGAGAGUGAACAGUAAACUCUGAGGAUGUUGAAAGUGAAAUAAAAUUACUAGCAGUAACGCUGGAUCACAUGCAUGCGUUGCUGCCUGUGCAUGCGUGUAAUGGCAAUUUGAAUCGAGCGUGGAACAGCCGACCCCGCCUUGAUCAGUUAAUACUACAAUAUGGAGAGGUAAUUAUUGAUUGUAAACUGCUUCAAUGGCUAUUGCACAAAACACCCUGACCGUAAACAGUGGCUGAAAUUGGGUUUUUACAACAUGAACAUCUUAAGGAUUGUUACUUUAAUAUUCCUAAAUGUCAUUACUGAACUUUUUUCUCUCAUGGCAGUCUGAGCUCUCUGUGUAUCAAUAUGCGUGUAUUGAUCAAAGCCGUGAUAAAGCAGCAAAUUUAGUUUGUUAGUGUUAAAUUUCUAUAUAUUUUUUUUAAUGGGCAUUUUGUUUGAACUGCAGAAUAGGAAUAGUCUUUGGCAUUCAAUUGUUUGGCCAUAACUGUCUUUCAUUUUGUACGAUAAAUAGUCAGUUCUUAAAUCUUUGGUAGCUUGUGAUCAUACUGUACACUGACUGAGAAAGAUGCAAGAACAUGUGAUUCUGACAUUCAGCGGAACAACAGCGCAGGAGUAGGUGACAGUUAUACAGGAUCUUUGACAUGUUUUGAUGCAAAGCUGUAUUUUUCUAACAGUGAACACCUGUCAAAAAUGUCUUAUACAAUAAAUACAUUUACAUGUCU